GAGGAGCUGCGACAGACCAAAUUUGGGAAUCCCCGGAUUUCGGACACAACAAGUGCAUGACGACUGUAAGCAUAUAGAAAAUUUUCCUAAUUAUACCUUGUCUGGCCCGUCGGAUAUGCUAAAAGUGCCCGGAUUAUAAGCAUGAGGAAAGUGCCCGAAUUAUAAGCUCACUUUCGUGCAUGGAUAAUUCUAUGGAAGUACUGUGGGCAAUGGCGAGGAAAUCUGCAGGUCUUGAAUGGAGUCUGCAGCACUUGGAGGUCAGCAGCAGAUGCCCAGGUUCGAAUCCGGGGCAAUAGUGGCUGAAUGUUUGGGGUCAUGGUGGGUUAAGGCGUAUGUAGAGAGAAGAAAGGCACAAGUACAGGUGUGGCGUUCUAUGGCAUUAAAGUCCCUGCGACUGCUUUUUGCGCUGCUGGUCGGCCUAACUUUGCUGUUCACGCUUAGCACAGAGCUUACUUACAGGGUGGGUGUGCAUGGUAUUCUCAACCAGACGCUUAACAAGAGUUUGUUUGUCUGGCCGGGCCACAAGGCCCUGAUCUCAGGUUCCCAGGGCCUGGCUGUGAAUUUUAACCAGACGCUGUUAUCUUAUGCUGCGAUUCAAAUUGGAGAGGCGGAGGAGCGGCAGCAGAUUGGGCAUCUGCUGGAUGCGUCUAGCGCGUCUUAUGAUGCUAUGGAGCGGCGGUAUGGGGGGAGGGGCCGUUCCAUAACUUAUAGGUCGGACCGUGACCUAGACUUGCGUUCUGACCUGCGUGGAAGAGGAUCCUCGCGGAACAGGAUCCCUGUGCAGCUGUUACAUCCUAGAUAUGCCAAUUACUGGCCAGUGUUCCGCCGUGCCCUGCGGUCAUGGGUGCAAAACAAGCGCUUUGAGCCUACAGUUAUGGCUGAACUUAUUGAUCUGGUAAAGGUUCCGUUAGACGAGCACUACAUGAAGGUCAGUUUAGCAGAACAGCAGCGGUCUGGCAAUCCGCUUGAUUCUCGCAUUAGCUAUCGACCGGAUCAGCAGGCUUUCCCGCUCAAUCAAGCAGGACAACGACGGGGAUACCGCAGCUGUGCAGUGGUAGGCAACAGUGGCAUCCUGCUGCAGAAGCCCCAUGGGCCUCUUAUUGAUUCCCAUGACAUGGUGAUCCGGCUCAACAAUGCCCGGACCGCUGGGUUCCAAAACAACGUGGGGUCUAAGACAACGCUUGCCUUUGUAAAUUCAAAUAUACUUCAUUCCUGCUCCAGACGGGCCGGGUGCUUCUGCCAUCCCUAUGGAGAAACAGUCCCAAUUAUCAUGUACAUCUGCCAGGCUGUGCAUUUUAUGGACUAUGCGCUCUGCAACGCCUCCCACAAGGUGCCCUUGCUGAUCACAGAUGCCCGUUUUGACAGCCUCUGUGCUAGAAUUGUGAAGUACUAUUCGCUGAAGAAUUUCGUGGAGACUACUGGGAAGCACCCCGAGGAAUGGAGCUCUGCACAUGAAGGUUCCAUGUUUCAUUAUUCUUCGGGUAUGCAGGCGGUAAUGCUGGCAUUAGGGAUCUGUGAGAAGGUCAGUAUUUUUGGAUUUGGGAAGAGUGGUCAGGCAAAGCAUCAUUAUCAUACCAAUCAGAAAUUUGAGCUCAAGCUUCAUGAUUACGAGGCAGAGUAUCAGUUCUAUGCUGAUUUGGUCAAUGGGUCACAAUAUAUACCUUUCCUCAGUGAGGCCGGGAUCAAGCUUCCUCCGGUACAGAUAUAUUUUUGAUCGUUAAUUUUUCUGUUUCUUUUUCUUCCUUUUUCGGUUCAAAUGGGUUUUGGGAUUCUUGAAUUGUUUCAAACCGUGAAGUGCUCAUUGUAUUCUUGGAAAUGAAAAUGAGUUCCAAGGAAAAACCUCCAGUCUUGUGAAACUAGCCUUUCUAAACAUUUUGAUUUGUUGAUUAUCUUCUUUACCUUGGUGCUACUGGAUGCAUUGGGAUAUUUGUGCAAUUGCCUGUUACUUAUCAAGUUGCAGAUCUGUGCACUAUCUAGAAAUUGCAUCUUCACAUGUGUGAUAAUGCCUGAAUUGCUACAAACAUCUGCAAUGUAAAUGUAAGAAUGCAUUUUCAUCCACUUUUGCUCCCCACAACAAGAAUUGAAAGAUCAAUUCCAAGGGUCUGCUGAUCUCGUGAGGCUUCUUUGUGUAUUUCUCUUGGUCUGAAUCAAUCUGUUUAACUGUGGUGCUUCCGAAUGCAUGGAUACAUUGUAUGCAAGAAUACAUUGCUUGUGAAGUUGCAGAUGUAAGCACCAUUGAUAUGAAAAACGAAAUAAAAUCUCAGUGUUCUCCGAUGACCGAAAUAGGUCAAUGGGAGUUGAAAGUAUAGACAGUAGAAAUUGCAUCUUCACAAAUGUAGUAAUUUCUGAAUUGGUAUGAACUUUGACGUCGAUGCUGUCAACCAUGUAAAUCUGUGAAUGCAUUUUUAUUUUUAUUUGUUCUCAGAAAGAAUUGAAUGAUCGAAUCUAAAGAAGAAGCCUCGAUCUUGUGGUUUUUCUUGUCUAAGCAUCUUGACUUCUGGAUCAUAUGAUCCCGCUGUAAGCAGACAUUUCUUUUCAAGUUGCAAAUGUAAGCAUGAGUGAAGGAUUGCAUCUUCACAGAUGUUGUCAUGUCUAUAUUGCAAUGCAUUUAAGGCUGACUGUGUCAAUGUAAAAUUUUAAUUUCAUGGACUCCCAAGAGUUUUUAUUUUA